AUGUGCGGAUUUCUACCUUGUACAACUGCCUGCAGACGGGAGUCGGCCGUCUGCGGCGCGGGGCUUCUCGGCCAGCUGUUCAGUCUCGACCCCCGGAAGAUCCUGGCCCGAGUGUUCAGCCGCGCCGCCCUGGAGAGCUACCUGCCGCGGAUCCAGCAGGCCGUGAGUUGCGAGCUGCGGGGCUGGUGCCGCGAACCCGGUUCCAUCGCGGUCUACGCCUCCGCCAAAAGCUUGACUUUCCGCAUUGCAGCUCGGAUCCUGCUGGGGCUGAAUCUGGAGGAGGGGCAGCUCAAGGACCUGGCCCAAACCUUCGAGCAGCUGGUGGACAACCUGUUCUCCCUGCCUCUCAACAUCCCCUUCAGUGGGCUGCGCAAGGGGAUCAAAGCUCGGGACAUGUUGCAUGACUACAUGGAGAAGGCUAUACAGGAAAAACUGCUAAGGAAUGAUUCAGAAGGUCACAGUGAUGCUUUGGAUAUCAUAAUAAACAGUGCCAAGGAGCAUGACAAAGAAUUCACCAUGCAGGAGCUGAAGGAGUCAGCAAUUGAGUUGAUAUUUGCUGCUUUCUUCACCACUGCUAGUGCCAGCACUUCCCUGAUCCUUCUGCUACUCAAGCACCCCUCAGCAAUAGAAAAAAUAAGACAGGAAUUGGUGGACUGUGAGUUGUCUAAGCAGUGUCAUUGCUAUUCACCUGCAAUCUCCCAAAAUAAUAAUCCCUACCUUGAACCUUGCCAAACACCACUGAUAAUCCAUGAGAAAGAAAGGAAGCCUAAUGACUGUCAGCAGCAUCGCCUCUCCACAACAGAAGGAACCCAGAAAAAUGGUAACCUACAACCAGACCUGAAGGCAAAGGAGGUAGAGGAUGGCUCCUCUCUGCAGCCCCUGCUUCUUGAGGAGUCCAGCCUCACCAGAAUGACACAAAAAGCAAUGUGUUUGAAUACAGACUCCUCUUAUGCAGACCACCAGCCAGGGAAAGGUGGCCAGCUGCCCAACAGGCUCCAGCUGCCCACAGGGCCUGUGACCCCAGGGCCUGAGUGUGAUUGUCAGCCUUAUAUGAACUUGGAGAAAUUGAGCCGCCUGCGCUACUUGGACUGUGUGAUUAAGGAGGUCCUCCGAUUGCUACCCCCUGUCUCUGGAGGCUACAGAACUGCGCUACAGACCUUUGAGCUGGAUGGCUACCAGAUCCCCAAGGGCUGGAGCGUGAUGUACAGCAUCCGGGACACGCACGAGACCGCGGCCGUGUACCAGAGCCCGCCCGACGCCUUCGACCCGGACCGCUUCGCCUCGGCUCGGCAGGACGAGGGCCAGGCGGCGGGGCGCUUCCACUACAUCCCCUUCGGCGGCGGCGUGCGGAGGUGCAUCGGCAAGGAGGUGGCGCAGGCGAUCCUCAAGCUACUGGCCAUCGAGCUGGCCUGGGAGCUGGCCACGCCCGGCUCCCCGGAAAUGCAGACGGUGCCCAUCGUGCACCCAGAGGAUGGGCUGCAGCUCUACUUCCGCCCCUUGCGGCUGGUGGAGGCCUUCGAGGAGAUGAGCCGCAACCUCUUCUCGCUGCCCAUCGACGUGCCCUUCAGCGGUCUCUACCGGGGCCUGCGCGCACGGAACAUCAUUCAUGCCAGGAUCGAGGCCAACAUCCGCAACAGGAUGGCCCGUGCUGAGCCCGGGGGUGGCCCCAAGGACGCGCUGCAGCUGCUGCUGGAGCAGGCACAGUGCCAUGGCCAGCCGCUCAACAUGCAGGAGCUGAAAGAAUCUGCCACAGAACUCUUGUUCGGAGGCCACGAGACGACUGCCAGCGCUGCCACAUCUCUGAUCACCUUUUUGGGGCUUCACCCAGAGGUCUUGCAAAAAGUGAGAAAGGAGCUGCAAGGGAAUGGGUUAUUGUGCAGCCCAAACCAAGAUAGCAAAACGCUGGAUAUGGAAGUCUUGGAACAGCUGAAAUACACAGGCUGUGUCAUCAAAGAGACCCUCCGACUGAGCCCCCCUGUUCCUGGAGGAUUUAGAGUUGCACUCAAGACAUUUGAGUUAAAUGGUUACCAGAUUCCCAAAGGCUGGAAUGUUAUUUACAGUAUCUGUGAUACGCAUGAUGUGGCAGAACUCUUCACCAACAAGGACAAAUUUAACCCUGAUCGCUUUAUGUCCCCUUCUCCAGAGGACUCCUCUAGGUUCAGUUUCAUUCCUUUUGGUGGGGGCGUGAGAAGCUGUGUGGGCAAAGAGUUUGCAAAAAUCCUUCUCAAAAUAUUUACAGUGGAGUUGGCUCGUAACUGUGACUGGCAACUCUUAAAUGGCCCCCCAACGAUGAAAACUGGGCCUAUAGUCUACCCUGUGGACAAUCUGCCUGCCAAAUUUGUAGGCUUCAGUGGCCAAAUCUAAGCAGUUCAGGGGUUGCUUCUAGCUGAAGUUCUGUACAUAGCAGUGUUUUCCUGUAAAAAAAAAAAAAAAAAAAAGUCUAUUAUGUAUUUAACUUGUAAAUGUAUAAUAGUUAUUUAUGUCUCUUUUAAAAUAUUUUUUAAAAGCUAUGAUAUAUCCUAUUUUAAUGGUCUCUGUGUGUGUAUAUUUUCCCCUUAGUCCCCCAAGCACUAUAAUUAUGGGUCUCAGGAUCCAUAAUUAGACAACUUAUUUCUAUAGAAAUGUUUUCCCCUAUCAUACUGAAAUCUUGUCAUCUUAGCAUUUAAUGAUGUUUCAGAACAGAGCAUACAUUCAGGUGCACUCAGAUUCAUAAUACAGGCAUAUUAAAUCAUGGUAACUAAUUGCUCAUCCAGAAUUUAUGCAGGCUUGUAUGAAUUAGGAUGUUUUCAGUAUUACUUUUGAUAUUUAGGAUUUAUGGUCAAUGUAUAUGAAUUUU